GCCCUUCCCGCAGGCGAGCUCCCCGUCAGGGGACUCGGGAAAAUAAAAGAGAGGGGGGAAAAAAUCCCCACUACUUGAACCUUCGGGAAAUUGAAGGGGGGGUUUUCCCGGUGCCGCUGCCAAGCCCAGGAUUUUUGUUUUCUCUCCCAGCAUGCGUUGAUGACAUCACGAAGUGCCCCUUCUUUGUGUGUCAGUGAUGUCACCAAGUGCAGUGUGGGGGACAAUGGAAUCCUGAACUCCGGGCGAGUGGGAAGCGGCUGCUCCUGCUGCGGGUUCGGCGCUGAGCCGGGGGAGGGAAGGGAGGACACAGCUGCUGCUUUGGGGCCGAAACAGACAGAGAAAGAGACAAGCACGCCUAAGAAGAAGGAAAGCAAAGUCAGCAUGAGUAAAAACUCUAAGCUGCUAUCUACCAGUGCCAAGAGGAUUCAGAAGGAAUUGGCUGACAUCACCUUAGAUCCACCCCCCAACUGCAGUGCUGGCCCCAAAGGUGAUAACAUCUAUGAAUGGAGAUCAACCAUUCUAGGACCUCCAGGUUCAGUCUAUGAAGGAGGUGUUUUCUUCCUUGACAUCACAUUUACACCAGAAUAUCCUUUCAAGCCUCCAAAGGUAACGUUUCGGACAAGAAUCUACCACUGUAACAUUAACAGCCAAGGCGUCAUCUGCCUGGACAUUUUAAAAGACAACUGGAGUCCAGCGUUAACCAUUUCUAAAGUCCUCCUCUCCAUCUGCUCCCUCCUCACAGACUGCAACCCGGCUGACCCCCUGGUUGGAAGUAUUGCCACUCAGUAUAUGACUAACAGAGCAGAGCAUGACAGAAUGGCCAGACAAUGGACCAAAAGAUACGCUACAUAAAUAAGAUUUUUGUGAAACUCUUACAUUAUUUGUCUGUGAUGGAAAGAGCUGCUUAUGAUUUUGAAGGGGUGGGGGGAGGGAGGGUGCUGGUAAAGAGUAGGGUAUUUCUAUAACAGAUUUUAUUCAGUCUUUUAUUUCCUAAGAUUUUGUUGUUGUAACUUAAGGUAUCUUGCUACAGUAGACAGCUAGGAUUGGGAAUAGCAUAUUUUAAGACUGUAAUUAGUUCAGCAAUAUUAGCUCACAUAUAGUACCGAGGAGAAUGUAAACUUCUUAGACUUCUUUGGUUUUCAAUUUGCUUGCAAUAUGUAAAAGAUUAAAACAGCUUAAUUUUGUACAGGUACAUAUGUUGACAUUUAUGUAAAAGUCCUUUCAAGACUCUACACACUGUUUUUGCUUUUUGUUUUGUUUUAGGUUUGGGGCGGGUAUUAUGUUCUGGGUUGGGUUUGGAGUUGGUUUUUUCCUUCUUUUUUUUGUUUGUAAAAAGAUGUUGGGAUUGUUUUCCCCUAUGGAGGGCACAUUGGUAUUUAACAAUCCUUUUUAAAGACUGUCAUCUCAUGAUCUGUGAUACGGAGAGGUGGAUAUAUGGCCUCAAAUAUGAAAUGAGAAGUAGUUAGUGUAUUAUUUUAUAAGCCAAUCUAUCUUUGUGAAAAGAAUAAAGGUCUUAAUCAGGACUUACGGUAACCUGUAGUGAAAUACCUUAAGCUGUUUAACUGUAAGGCGUGGAAUAGGAGUCACUCAGUGGAUUGGUUGUAUGUUGUGGGCUACUUAAGUCUGCAUUUGUUACUGUGCUAAUAAAAAGAUGUUUAAAAAAAAAAAAAAGAAGAGGACAAGAUUUCUGCUUAGUGCCUCGCUUUGUCAUUUUUCCAGAACAGCAUCUCCCAGUAUGCUUCGAGGAUUACAGUAUGGAAUUAUAGCCUUUAAAGGUGUUAACGGAGCAGUGUUGGUGCAGUGCUGUGCUCCCCUUGGCAUGCCUUUUGCAGCCCCAGCAGUAUGGAGCUGCCAUAACUUUCAGAUUAGGAUUAGGCAUGCCAAAAUGCCAUUCAGGUUAGGAUUAGGUGUAGGGUUCAGAGAGCCACAAAGACUACAGCUCCAGGGUGCUGGGUACCUCAGCCUCAGUUCCAAGAUGCGGCUUGGAUUAAGGUUAGGGUUCAAAAGAAGAGAAUAUCUUCAUGUUUUCACCUGCUGUAGUGGAAGGUGUCCCUGCCUGUGGCAUGGAGGUUGGAACCGGAUGAUCCUUCCAACCCAAACCAUUCUGUGAUUCUGUGUGUUUCUGAUGGAGUGGUCUGUUCCCACUUGGAAGAGAAGGAAUCAUGUCCUUUUAAGCUGGCAGAAGACACCUUAAAGGAGAGUAAAGGAGACUUAAUCUGUAGAUCCUUUAACUAACUACAAAGUUUAUCUCCUAGAGCCAUGGUGUUUUUACUGAGGUGUGUCUCAACAGUGCAGUUAGUUGUGGAUAUAGCAUUUUUGACCAGUCCUUUAAGGUAAAGGCUGGAAGUACAGAUGCUUUUCACAUGGCUAGUACUUCACCUUGUGACAUUCUUCUGAGUGCUAUGUGGUCAUCUGCACUCUUGGAUUUGUUUUGUUACUUUACAGUAAAUUCUGUAUAUAUUUUAUAUAUUUCUCUUCCUAUCUAUAUAUAGAUCAAAUCUAACUCUGUCCAAAGUAAUCUGUGAAUUAGAGAUACCCUUCCUUUGCUUGGGUGGUUGUGGGCAGUAGUUUGUUAACCUCUGUUGAACUGUGGUACUUUGACACAAUGUAUGUUUUGGCGUAUGAGAUCCCUCAGCUGUUUAGCUCAGCCUAGGAAAAUUAUUGGUACAUUAUUACACCACACCGGGACCAUCUCUGGUAACAGUUUCCUCCUCUCCUUUACCGAGUGAAGAGGUAAAUGGCUUCAUCUCAGCAGGUUUUUGUCAACUCCUUGCUUCGUGCUACCAGGACAUGCCAAAUUAGCUAUUGUAGGGAGGGAGUGAUUUGGGGUGACUGAUCAGCACAGUGUUUAUUCAGCAGGAUAGAAGUUUAAGAGCAAUAGAGAAAAAUGGUUCAAUUUACUGAUUUAUUUUUCUUUUUUAUAGUAAUUUUUCUAUUAUGUCUAAUAUGACAGCUCAGAAGAUUCUGAAUUAGAAUCAGAUGGAAAAGACUGCUUGGUAAACGCAAAGCAGGUGCCUUUAAAUAAGGAAGGUGAAAUGGAGAUAAGGGAAACUAGUUGCAGCUACAUGGAUGGUGAACGGAAUACGCUCAAGGCUGAAGUGUUGCCUGUGAAACAAAAGCUAUCCAAUACCUCAUCCAGUUUGACUUGUGUGGCAUCUUCGGAUAACAUCAUUCCCCAAAGGGUAAUGCUUUAUAAAUCAACAAAAAGUUUGGAAGAACUGUAGAAAGCUAUUUCUAGAUUGCAGAGAAGGGAUCUUUUCCCAUAUAAUCCGUCUGCAUUGUUGAAACUACUGAGCCACAUUGAGCAGAUCAGUAAGAACAUGAAUCCACAAUAAUCCAAAGAAGUUUCCUAGUGGGGUUUUUUUUUUACCUAGUACGUAUGGGGAGGGAGCUGAUUUGGGGUGACUGAUCAGCACAGUGUUUAUUCAGCAGGAUAGAAGCUUAAGAGCAAUAGAGAAAAAUGAUUCAAUUUACUGAUUUAUUUUUCUUUUUUAUAGUAAUUUUUCUCCAUUAUCGUGGGAAGAGACUGUCUAGUUUUGUAGUAGGUAAGUGAUCCCAGUGACCUAGGAUAGGUUUUGAGUCAGUGAAAGAGUAAGAACAAAAUACAUGUUCUUCCCUUUAGCUACUACAUUACAGUCUGUACUGUACUUACUAACCCUAUGUAAAACUGUACUACAGUGAGUUUCAUUUUUACUGAGUACCAGCCACUGCAUGUAGAUUGCAGAGGAGAUGCUACUUUUCCACCACUUGUCAAUAAAAUACUAUGGUAUUUAGAAAGAAAAAUUGAUUUGAGUGCUUAAAAAGCAUCAGAAUAAGCCUAUGAAAGAAAACAGUGGGUGGUGGUUGUUUAUGUGAAUGCCCAAUAUGAUUUAAACUUGUUUCUAAUGAAUUUAACCAAAUCAAAGAUAACAUGUUUGCCUUUAUGUAACCUCUUUGCAGAAAUGGCCUUAGUCAUUCAGAAGAUCCCUUUUCCUUUUGCCUUUCUUAACACAUUGUCAAGUUCUGCAUGUCAAGGGAGUGAGUGAGCCAGCUGAUCUCAUACGACACAGCUCUAGCAGCCUACAGGUGACAUCAGUCUUGGCAGUGGAAUUGGCACCAAGUCUGCAGGAUGCAGAACCAGGAACCAGUCAGCUCCGUUCCUUCCAUCUCCACACGUUUUAAGUCAAUUCUUGUCAACCUGUACUCUACCGGCUCAAGAGUCAGCUUCAGUGAUAAUGUGCAGUUAGCAGAGGUCUUUGCUUAUUUUGGUUGAUCAAAGCUGAAUCAAGCUCCUUCUAGAAGUGUUCUGAUGAGCUGAAGAGGAGGAACAUAACCAAUUCCUUGGUGAGAGGUUGCAGCAAGGAGGUGAACCACUGCUGCUCUGAAGUCACCCCCACUUCCCAAGCACGCGGACAGAUGCGCAGUCUUCUGCGUAAGGAGAAGCCUCAAGAACACGUGUGCUUGGUAGGAAAUGAGUGAGGAGGGAGUGUUGUUCUGCAGCAUCGCUGGGGACAAUGACUACUACUAGCCAAGUUGGGGGAGGACAUGUUAUAGUGCUUACUCAGCUGCAGUGUUGCAAUGGAAACAAUUGUGUGUUUCUAGAAGGGCAUUACACGAGCUUGCUCAUUCAUAAUUGCUUUCUUAUCUAAUUCCUUGGCCACAGCAAUCCAAACUAUAUUGAGCAAAGCACAUAAACAGUUUCGUUUACCUUCAUUGUAAGGGUAGGCAUCCUGCUUAAUUUUUAGUGAAUAGUACUGCUGCUCUGACAUCAGUAAUGCUGACGGACUUCAUUUGUCAGUAUUCGGGAAGAGCAAUGCUAUAACCACACAGUUUAAUUGUGAUUAUUAAGCACACUUAUAUUUAGCAGUUAUGGUAUCACAGUGCAAAUAUUGCUCAUGGUUUUGCUGACUUACAGUGAAAUUCUCAAUAUUUAUUCAAAACAAAAUGAAUUUAGUGGAAAAUGGAUUUCCAUUACAAUCUCCACCCCUGGUCCCUUUGAGCCAGGUUAUAGGGUUUAACAUUGCAAUGAACUCCUCCUUUGCUCCUAGCCUGGCUAUCAACAAGAGGUUUCUGCUACAGUAAUUCCCAUAACAUGCAACUCAAGUCCCAGUUUACAACAGUUUAAAAGUAUUUCCAUUACAAUGACGGAAAUGAGUACUUCAGUUCACCCCCUCUCCCCACUCUUGUCUUCAGGUACAAAGAAAAGCUAGUAUCAGUUAGCAUAAGAGGUCGUUAGAGGCUGAAAGCUGGCCACUCUAUCUAUGAAUGGUUGCUCAUUCUGUCCCUCUGUAUCCAGUUUUGUUUAGUUCACUGGCAGGCUGACCUAGGACAGCAGAUUCCUGCAGCACAGGUUUCCCAGUGUGGAGAGUCAAACACGGCACACGCAGUUGUGCUCCUGCUGCUGGACCAAGGCCAUUUGUACGGGUAUUUCUGGGCAUUUGCCACAGGGAUGUACCCAAAAGGCAGCCCCCUACACUCCCAAGCCCCUCUCACAAAGUAGUACAGCACUUUGUACUGGUUGUUAUCCAGCCUGUAGCUUCAUACCGAGGGUGGGUUACUGCAGCUGGGUUGAAUGGCUGGGUAGGAGCAUUCUGCAACGCACUAAGCAGAGCCCAGGCAGCGCCUCCUGCACACAGAAAUGCUCUGUUCAAUUUCUCAGCAAAAUUAUCACUCGUGUGAAGGUGACUGAUUUGUACUGGACAUGCUGGAACAAAACCACGUACAGCUAUGUCGUCCUUCAGGUCGCAGUUAAACUAAUGAGUGCUCUGAGAGCUUUUCUGGUUUGUACAAAUAAAUUCCUGAGCUGAAA